CUCUCUAUAUCCUUUCUCUCUCGAGUCUCCACUGCAAUUUUUACCCCCACUCUCUGUGUUUCAAUUGUAAUCUCUCUCUUCACACUAACUUUUGCAUCUGUCUGUCUCAUGGUAAACUCUCUCUUCUCGCACUAACUUUUUGCAUCUCUCUCCAUUUCAAUGCUCAUCCAUCCCUCGCUCAUCAACGCAUUUUUCACAUUUCUCUUCUCUCUCGAAGAGGCAUCUGUGACUCUCUCUUGUAUUUACACAACUUUCCCAUCUUUUCCUUUCUAUAAGACCUUCAUCUCAAAACCUUCCCUAUCUCUACUCUCUGUACCGGACCUUCUGCAUCUAUAACCUCUCUCUCUAACCAUGGCCUAUGAACCAUACACUCGAGACUACGAUGAGACAUAUGAUGAGCCCACAUCCAAAACUGAUGUUCCAUAUAACCCCAUGUUUGUUCCCGACUCGGUUAAAACCUUCGUCGUCAUCCUUUACAGACACAUCAGGGAGAAAAAUGUGUAUGAAAUAUAUCAAAUGUAUGAAGGGAGCUUUCACAAGCUCUCUGAGAGAUUGUUCAAGGAUUGUCCAUGGCCAUCAGUCGAAGCCAUCGCACCCCAUGUCGAUAACGACCAUGUCUUUUGCUUGCUUUAUCAGGAAAUGUGGUAUAGGCACCUUUAUGCGAGGCUUUCGCCUACACUGCAACAUAGAAUUGAGUCUUGGGAUAAUUACUGCAACUUGUUUCAGGUGGUGUUACAUGGGGUGGUUAAUAUGCAGCUCCCUAACCAAUGGUUAUGGGAUAUGAUUGAUGAGUUCAUAUAUCAGUUCCAGUCAUUUUGUCAGUAUAGGGCGAAGCUCAAGAACAAGACUGACCAGGAGAUUGCUUUGUUGAGGCAGUAUGAUCAGGUAUGGAACGUGUACGGUGUGUUCAAUUUCUUGCAAGCUCUAGUGGAGAAGUCCAUGAUCAUACAGAUUUUGGAACAAGAGAAAGAAGGUCUUGAGCAGUUUACUGCUACUGAUGGCUAUGAUUAUAAUGGUGGGAGCAAUGUUCUCAAAGUAUUGGGAUAUUUUAGUAUUGUGGGGUUGCUUCGUGUCCAUUGCCUCUUGGGAGAUUAUUAUACUGGGCUCAAGUGUCUGGCUCCCAUUGACAUCAGCCAACCAGGAGUCUAUACUUCAGUCAUUGGAAGCCACAUUACUACUAUUUACCAUUAUGGAUUUGCAAACCUCAUGCUGCGAAGGUAUGUGGAAGCAAUACGAGAGUUUAACAAAGUGCUCUUGUAUAUUAUGAAGAACAAACAAUAUCAUCAGAAAUCUCCUCAAUUUGAUCAGAUCUUGAAGAAAAAUGAGCAGAUGUAUGCUUUGCUGGCAGUAUGCCUCUCUUUAUGUCCUCAAGUGAAGCUUAUUGAGGAAAAUGUUAACAAUCAACUGAGGGAGAAGUAUGGGGAUAAAAUGCUUAGAAUGCAGAGAUAUGAUGAUGAGGCAUAUUCACUAUAUGAUGAAGCAUUCUCUUAUGCCUGUCCCAAAUUCAUCACCCCUUCGGCUCCCAUCUAUGAAGAGCCUCUCGUCAACUACAACCAGGAUGGUUAUAGACUUCAGUUGAAACUGUUCCUUUAUGAAGUGAAGCAACAGCAGCUUUUGUCAGGAAUUCGCAGUUUCUUGAAACUCUAUACCACCAUUUCAAUCUCAAAGCUUGCAUCUUUCAUGGAAGUCGAUGAGCCAACCUUAAGGACAAUCUUGAUGACUUACAAGCACAAAACUCACUCAGUGGACAAUGAUGGGAAGAUUGUUUCAAAUGCUGAUAUUGAAUUCUAUGUCAAUGAGGAUAUUGUUCAUGUUGUAGAAUCAAAGUCUGCGAAGCAAUACGGCGAUCAUUUCAUGCGCCAGAUUAUUAAGUUCGAAGAGAUAAUUGGAGAACUCGACAGAGUAAAGAUGGAUUGACUAAUUCUACUCUCUUGGCAAAGGGCUCACAUUGAUUUUUUUUUGUCUUUGAGCAAACAUAUGUUCUUGAGUUCUUCAUUGACUCCUUUGUAGGCACUAAAAGAAAGAGAUUACACCAUUUUGGUGGAGUUUUGUAGGGGGAGAAAUUUGUUGGUUUUUAGCUUUUUCUUUCUUUCAGUUGUUGGAGACUUGAAAGACCAGAGGUUGGCUGUGAGAGAGAGAUGCUACUGUGAUUUCUAAUGUUUCUAGCCUCACAGCACUCAAAAAGGUUUUUAUCUAUGAAGAAAUGUAUGCUAAAAAAUCUGAUGAGGCUUUCUUAUGCUAUUCA